GUUAGAUUUUAGAUAACUAGAUAAGGUUGUUCCUGAUAUCUUCCAACUUUUGACCCAUUCUCUCUUUGCCAAUUGCCAUCCUUUUCUCUACUGUCAUUCAUUACUUCUUCUCCUAACUCUCUCUACAUAUUAAGUAACAGAAAAACCUUACUGGGUUAUCUCAUCACAACUACAACUACAAUAACAAGAAGAACAAGAUCACGAUGCUGGGUAUGGGGACUCUAACUUUGAGUUCAUCAACUGCAAUGCUAGCUCAAUCCACUCUUAUCUCUUCCAAUAGAAACCACAUCCUUUCCAACAAAACUCACUCUUUGCCAAUCAGUUCGGUCUCUUCCACCAACCAAAAUUUCACCUUACUCUCUUCCUUCAAGAAACAAACACCUUUUACCACCACUGCUGUUGCAUCUCUUCAAUCAGACAACGUUAGCUCUUCUGAUGCUCCUGCUACCAAGAAUGAGUUCACCAAGUACUAUUUUGUUAUUGCAAAUGCAAAGUUUAUGUUGGAUGAGGAGGAGCAUUUCCAAGAGCAGCUAUUUGAACGCCGUCGCUACUAUGGAGAGCGUAAUAAAGAACAGGAUUACUGGCUUGUCGUUGAGCCUAAAUUCUUGGAUAGUUUCCCCGACUUUAAGAAGAGAUUGGGGAGACCUGCUGUUGCUCUUGUGUCGACCAAUGGUCCAUGGAUCACAUUCAUGAGGUUAAGACUGGAUCGAGUUUUAUCAGGAAGUUUUGAAGCUGACACCCUAGAAGAAGCAUUAGCCUCCAAUCCUACUAAUCUGGAGUUUGAGAAGCCUGCAAAAUGGGUGGCGCCGUAUCGUAAAUAUGAAUCUGGAUGGUGGGAAAGUUUCUUGCCCUCUGGACAGAAAGAGGUGACGUCGUCGUAAGACAUUUUUUAUCCAUUCUGUUUCAGCAGCGGGUACUCAUAGUUGAAUGUAGUUGAUGUCGGUUAAAUUUUCUUUUAGUUUGUAAUUUUUGGAAGGCAGUAUAAUUAUUUGAUGUUCAAGUGUUGUCCUUAGAAUAUAAGUUCUAGGUAUUGUUUUUAUGCCUCAAACGAGUGAAAUAUAGACAUUGUUUUAACUUUUGCUUGAAAGCCACAUAGCAUGUUAGAUAUCGCAACUUUUGAACAAACUGACUUCAAAAGUGAUAUUUGGAUUAUGUAAAGCUUGUGUAAGGUCUGGAUAGUUGAUGCGAAUCUAUAAAACGUACUAGUUUACACUUUUUAUUCA